GAAUGGAAUAUGAAGCUGUGGUGGCCCCACUGUGAGGCCCUCAUCGCCUUCCUGAUGGCCUACAGUCACACCAGGGAGCCCGCACUCCUGCACAGGUUCUCUGAAGUCUUUGAAUACACCUUCAAGCAUUUUCCUGAUGCUCAGAAAGGCGAGUGGUUCGGCUAUUUGACACAAGAAGGGAAAGUGGCACUGGAUUUUAAAGGAGGCCCCUUUAAAGGGUUCUUCCAUGUGCCUCGCUGCCUGUACAUGUGUGAGCGUAUUCUGGAUGAUAUGCUGGCAAACAAGGACUGAGCAUUUUGACACGAUUGUUCACAAAAAAACAAACAAUCAGGUUACGAAGCAAAUUGUACUCAUUUUCAAAUAUGCUUUGCUGUAAAGUUAGUUGUUGAUCUCAUUGAAAACAUGCUGGCACAGAGCAGCUCAUAGUGUUUAUAUUAAAGGUAUAAGAAAUAUUACUUUAUAAAACAAUAGUGUUCUUUAUAUUAUUUCUAGCCCCAGUGGCAGUUUGAUUUGGCAUUAAUGUGAGAUACUUUCUGUAAGAUGUUUUUGAUCUUACUUUGCGCCUACAUGACUCUCCCCUGCAGGGAAUGAGAAGAUCUCCUACCAUUUGAGGGACUUAAAUGUCCAAAUUACAGAAGACAAUGGUCCAGGUAGCCUUUGAUGAUUGGCAGGGUUUACACUCCA